AAGCCCUUCUCCCCUGCAGCCAUGGAGUCUGGAAACGUCCCCCCCGCUCCACCCUCCUUCCAGCCGCGGGCCCGCCCUGGCCUCCAGCUCCUGGUACAAUCCACCUGGGCUCUCUCCUAACUCUGCUAAUGUCCCCAAAUGCUGGCCUGUUACCCUGUCCCCUUCCCUGCUCCCUGUGCAGCCUCCCACUGCGCUUGGGUCCUGAACUGAGACAACCUGGCUGGUCUGGUGCUGUCCCACCCACACCCUGUAGUGGUCCCAGGCCCCUUACAAUGGGCAGGCACAAACUGCUGUGUGGAACUAGUCGAGUCUGUCCUCACUUGAACCAACUGGGAUUUGAUUCCUGCCCAUGAGCUGCUCAAGAUGUCACAGUAAGGCCCUGUCUAAACUGGAGUCGCUUAGAAGAUUCCUACCGCAUCAGUUGAGGAGGCAGCCCUAAGGCACGGUAUAACUGAUGCUCCCUGGCAUGCAGUAAAAAUGGUGCAGAAGUACCAGUCCCCUGUUCGAGUCUACAAAUACCCCUUUGAGCUCGUCAUGGCGGCUUACGAGAAGCGCUUUCCCACGUGCCCGGAGAUCCCGGUCUUCCUGGGCAGCGAGAUCCUUCAGGAAUCCCACAGCGACGAUGGAGCCGUUCACAUCAUCGAGCGGAGCUGCAAGCUGAACGUGGACGCGCCGCGGCUGCUGAAGAAGAUCGCGGGGGUAGAGUUCGUUUUUUUCAUACAGAAAAACACUGUGAACUGGAAAGAGCGGACGCUCCUCAUCGAGGCCCACAACGAGACCUUUGCCAAUCGCGUUGUUGUCCUAGAGACGUGUAGCUACUCGGUGCACCCCGAGAAUGAAGAGUGGACGUGCUUUGAACAGUCUGCGUCUCUUGACAUCAAGUCGUUCUUUGGCUUCGAAAGCACUGUGGAGAAAAUUGCCAUGAAGCAAUACACUGCCAACAUCAAGCGGGGGAAAGAGGUGAUCGAGCAUUACCUGAAGGAGCUGAUCUCUCAGGGCAUCACCUUCAUCCCCCGUUGGACGCCUCCACCAGUGAGCCGACAAAAGGACAAGGGGGCCCUGGCUGUGGGGUGCAAUCCUGGUAUGGUGCCAGCAGAGACCUGCACACAGGGAGCUACCAAAGAGCAGCCAGGCAGCUCCUGCCCUGCUGCAGAGAUGGCUAGCCCUGACGCUGACAAACUGGAUGCUGAUUACAUUGAACGGUACCUGGGGCACCUCACGCCAAUGCAGGAAAGCUGCCUGAUCCGACUCCGCCAGUGGCUGCAAGAAAUGCACAAAGGGAAGUCAGAGGCUGGGGAAUGGAAGCCGGAAAAGAUCCCCAGAGAUGAGCAUAUCCUUCGAUUCCUGAGGGCUCGUGACUUCAACCUCGACAAGGCUCGGGAGAUGCUCUGCCAGUCGCUGACCUGGCGCAAGCAGUACCAGGUAGACUACAUCCUGCAGACCUGGAGGCCUCCCCCGCUGCUGGAAGAGUACUACGCCGGGGGGUGGCACUACCAGGACACAGAUGGCCGCCCCCUCUACAUCCUUCGUCUCGGUCAGAUGGACACGAAAGGGUUGGUGAAGGCCGUGGGAGAAGAGUCGCUGCUGCGACAUGUUUUGUCAAUUAAUGAAGAGGGACAAAAGAGAUGUGAGGAAAACACCAACCUGUUUGGCCGUCCCAUCACAUCCUGGACGUGUCUGGUGGACUUGGAAGGGCUGAACAUGCGCCACCUGUGGCGGCCUGGAGUGAAGGCUCUCCUUCGGAUCAUUGAGGUUGUAGAGGACAAUUACCCCGAGACGCUCGGGAGGCUACUGAUUGUGCGAGCACCACGGGUUUUCCCCGUGCUGUGGACUCUGGUUAGUCCCUUCAUCAAUGAGAACACCAGGCAGAAGUUCCUCAUCUACAGUGGCAAUAACUACCAAGGCCCAGGAGGACUUGUGGACUAUCUGGACAAAGACGUGAUUCCUGAUUUCCUGGGAGGAGACUGUGUGUGCAAUGUCGCUGAAGGUGGACUCGUACCCAAAUCGCUUUAUCAAACAGAUGAAGAACCGGAGAACUCGGAUCACAUCCGGCUGUGGACCGAAACCAUCUACCACUCUGCAAAUGUUCUUAAAGGGGCGCCCCACGAGAUCGUGGUAGAAAUCCUGGAGGGGGAGUCCGUGAUCACGUGGGACUUCGACAUCCUGAAGGGAGACGUGGUGUUCUGCCUCUUUCAUUCCAAGCGAGCCCCUGAGACCAGUCGCAGAGAGGCCGCCUCGUCGGGCGCGGCGGCGGCAGGGGACAACGUGCAGCUCAUCGAUAGGAGCUGGGUCCUGGGGGUGGAUUACAGCCGCAUGGAGUCCCCGCUGGUGUGCCGGGAAGGAGAGAGCAUCCAGGGAUCACACGUGACUCGUUGGCCUGGCUUUUAUGUUCUGCAGUGGAAAAUGCACAGCCCUCUGCCCUGCUCUGGAACCAGCCUCCCUCGAGUAGAUGAUGUCCUGGCCUCUCUGCAAGUCUCCAGCCAUAAGUGUAAACUCAUGUACUACUUUGAGGUGCUGGCGUCCAAGGAUUUCAGGGGGUCCAUGUCAAGCUUGGAAUCCUGCAACAGUGGCUUUUCCCAGCUUAGUGGAGCAUCUUCCAACCAAUCCCAGAGCAGCUCUCUCAUUUCUAGAUAGCGUGGCCUGAGCCUCCAUUGACCUCUGCAAUGUUACAGCCACGCGUGGGGAGGGAGGGGGGCAGCUCUGCGGACCAAACCAAAGAGGCUGCAGCGACUCUGCCUCAGGGCCGUGGGGGCCGUCCUUCGCCAGGCCACAAGUAGCAGCUGCGUGGACACAGAAGCUUCCGGAGCGCUCUUGGGAAUCUAGAUUCAGUAAGAGACACGAGGCUUUUCAGUCUGCAAGCUGGGCUCCCUUGCAGAUGCCUACUUACCAGCUGUGUUUAACAAACCUGUGUUUUAGGGUGAUAAUCACUUUGCAUGAAUCUGUGUAUUGCUAAGGUAAAAGGGCUCUUUCCGAUCAGUCCUAUUUCUACAUAGGAUAGAAGAGACUAAUGUGGCCUUAACUGUUAUGACCUGUAGGACUAGAUUUAUUUACACGUAGCAAAAUUAGUCUAGUUUUUUCUGGGCGCCUACAAUACCAGUGACACUCACGGUGCAGUGGGUGUUUCGGCAGCAGGAACUUGAAGUGAAUUGUAAAUAAAUACCUUAAUGCGAGACAGUACAUUUUGCCCGGGAGGAGAGAGGACAUCCAAGGUAACCAAAGCCUGAAACCUCUCCCAAUCUGAUUG